GAAACAUAGUAUUUCCUCCCUCCUUCCAAAAGGAUAAGGACACUCUGGAAUGUAUUGCAUAUUCUUGUUAAUCUACACCAUUAUUAUUUCGAAGAUCGAAGACGACCCUGAAGCUAUAUAAACUUCAUAAGCUGUUUCUGUGUAAACUUUCGAAUAUGGCCUCUUUAAGCUGUGGUUAUAAGUGUCUGCAGAUUCUUUUAGUGAUAUUCAAUAUUCUUGUUUUUGCAUGUGGAAUUGCUUUAAUAGUGAUUGGAAGUCUCUCUCAAGUUGCUAUUAAUAAUUAUUCUUCUGGAAUCGACUCAAAUAUCAAAGGUCUUAUAAUCUUCAUCAUAGUACUCGGAUGUUUCCUAUUUUUGCUCGGAUUUCUUGGAUUUUGUGGGGCAUGUACUAAAAAUACUUGUUGUCUAAUCUUGUACGCAAUUUUGCUGUCAGUAAUGGUUGCAGCUGAAAUAGCAGCAGGAAUAGCAGCAGCUGUGCUAAGAGAAGACGUGAAAACUCAAUUCCUAUCUUUGGUUAGAAGCUCAGUUUCUGAAUAUAGCAAGAAUCCGGACAUUAAGAAAUUCCUAGACAAGUUACAACAAGAGUUUCACUGUUGCGGCUCUGAAUCAUCAAACGACUACACAUCAAGUGGACAAACAAUCCCUGAUUCAUGUAAAAAUCCAAACACUAAAGUUACUUAUUCAGAUGGUUGUUCAAACAAAGUUAUCUCCUUCUUUGAAAAGUAUAUUGUUGCCGUUUUAGUAGCGGCAUUUGUAUUUGCUAUCCUCCAAUUACUGAGUAUUGUUUUCGCUGUCUGUGUUAUCCGAGCUAUCAAAUCUGGCGAUUCUGACUAAGAUUAAAAUGAUCAAAUGUGUAAACACUAUAUCUGAUUUUUCAAAUGCUUUUAACUUGAUAAAACUACAUUUCUUCUUCCCCAUAUUUUUAAUUUAUUGUCAUUUAUUAAACAAAGAAUGGAGUCUUGUAUUUUAUUCAAAAAAAAACGCAUGAAUAACUAAGGGUUACUGGAUUUAAGAUUAUGAUAUUGACCGAAAAUAUAAAAUAUAAAUCCUUUUCGAG